AUGCUUCAAAAUGUGAAAAACAUCCCACUGGAUUACCAUGCCAACAACAAGGCCUGGAUGACCUCCAACCUCUUCACUCAGUGGUCCAAGAAAUUGGAUAGGAGGGAGGACAAGAAGGUGGCCCUCGUCCUAGACAACUGCCCAGCCCACCUAGGUCAAGUUCCAGGCCUCACCAACAUCACCCUGUUCUUUCUUCCACCAAACACCACUAGCAAAACCCAACCACUUGACCUUGGCAUCAUCCAAAAUCUAAAUAUGCACUUCAGAAACGGAGUUGUUGCUGAGAGAGAUCAAGUUAAGACCAUUGUAAACUGCUUCAAAAAAACAAAGUUUGUGCCCCAGGAUGACCCCAAGGAUGACAUUCCCCUAUCUCAGCUGGCAAUGUAUGAGGAUGGCAUUCCACUUGCCAGCUUAUUCCAGCAAGCCAGCCAGUACAUGGAAGUAGAAAAGCACACUGGAUGA